CUGCGCACACGGUGUCAACUUUCACUGGAUCAAAAUGAACUUUAGAAGAAAAAGUGUGUAGUGGAUAUACCGCUAUUCUGGACCGGAAUCCAUCCAUUAUGGGGUUCUACAAACUUAUUUUAGUAUUUUUACACAUUCUGCUCUACAUUAGAGCAAUUAUUUUAUUGGUUUGGGAAGCAUUUCGCAAUUUCACGACCGGCAUUUUUGGCGCGCGUGGCAACUUGAAAGAGAUUCAUUUGCAUUCGAAAUCUCUCCAAACUCUACCUUCACACAUAAGUUUAGUGAUCUUAGAACAAGCGAUUAGCUUCAGCGAUGUAGCCAAGCUAGUAGUGUGGUGCAUGGCGAUGGGAAUCAAGUAUAUAAGUGUCUACGAUCAUAAAGGUAUACUCAAAGGUGAUACUGCCAAGUUAUCAAGUGAAAUAAUCUACAAGCAGAAAGAGGUUUUCGCAAAGGAGGCGAAACGGUAUACAUUCGUGCUGCGUAAUAGCCGAACAAAGUUCGACCAUACUCUAGCUCCUACACAAGUAUGCAUCACUGUAUUAUCUGCAGAAGACGGUAAACAGGAUAUAGUAGAAGCAGCACAGGAGUUCUGUAUGUCAGUCAAACAGAAGGAAUACUCACCAAAACAACUGGACACAGAUUUAUUCAAUGAUAUGCUAAAAGCAACCACAGGCCUCCCAGACCCUGAUCUAGCUCUUAAAUUUGGCGCAGUUAGUAGUGUGAUGGGCUUCCUUCCCUGGCAAAUCAGACUCACAGAAUUCCUAACACAUCAAACACAUCACAAUGUAAAAUAUUCAGCAUUCUUACAAAGCCUUCAAAAAUACAGCAGAUGUGAAAAGAGAUUUGGAAAAUAAAAUGUAUAUGUAGCUAAACUAAAACCUAUUUAAACAAAUGCAUGUAUUAGUUAUCUAGGGAUAGCUGGCAUCUUCUGCUGGUUUAUUUUGCUCAAAUCUAGUGGUUUCAUACAGCAGUUUGCAGGAAGUCUGAUACCCUCGACAUAUAAACAUACCCAGAACUGCAACAUUAUGUCUAUCCAUGGUAAAAAAAAAAUGAAGGGACCACUUUCAGGUUGAUCUUUCUGUUGAAGCAUCAAGGUUCAAAUGCAAUGGUUUAUGCAAACUGCUGUAAUGUGUUGCUCUAUAUAUGAACAUUGUUUUGGAAAAAAAGACAUGUAUAUGUUAGACUCUUAUUCCAAGGAAAACAAUGCUUUAUCAGGCAGCUGAAACCAGAGAACAACGUGGUACUUGAAGCUCUAAUAAUCCUCAUUUCAAAAUGUCUUUUACCUGUUGUUGAUGCUAGUGAUUUUAGCCCCAACUACAGUCACAGCUGCCAUGAUUUGGUAAAUAUUACACUUGUUGGAGCCAUUGGUUAGAAAAUGUUUUAAAAGGAGAUUAUGUUUUGUUAAUAAUAAACUUUUGUCCCAGAGGGGGAACCUGUUUAGGGAGAGGGGGCUUAAUAGAGCUUUUUGACUAUUGUAUAAGGAAAAUAAUUUCUUAUCUUGAAAAGUCUCCUCUGAUGAAUGCAUUGUUUCAGCUUCAGUUUUCCUCUCUCCCAUCAAAAAGUCAUUUACUGAGAAAAUAAAUCUAUUUAUGUUUAGUAACUUCUUAUGUAAAAAAGUAUAUAGAAGCUGAUCCAGGAAUGGUUAUUUUUACAAAUCAUAAUGCAAAAAAAGUAAAUUCUUGACAGGGGUGUAGCAUCUCCCAUCUCUUUGAUCAGUAAAUGUAUGAUAGACUACCUAAAAUACAGGAGAACAUGUCUUAUGAAGAGCCA